GUCGUGUACUUUUCUCUCAAUAUAAACGCGCCCACUAUUGAGUUCGUUUGUCGAACAUUUUAUUAUAAACGUAACGUGUUAGUUCCUAUAGAUUCUCUGCGCGAUUAUAUCUUAACAGGGAGUAACAGUUUGAAGGAACACUUCUCAUCACAUUGGCGAAAGUUCGAAGAAUUUGUCAUCUAACCCGCUAUAAAAUAACGAUUUGCGGUGUUAAUUAGAAAUUGUGGAAUUUUCUUUGUCAACUGCGUAGUAAAAGUAUAUAUACUUAGAACGAAGGUUGAACGAAGAAGUCGUGUUCUUCGUGAAACAAAAUGAUACAGAAAAAUAAAGACUAUAUCGACGAAUUGCUGGACAUGUCAGAUCCUCCAAACACUAGCAAUUGCUCGAGCGAAGUCAUCCAAUAUUAUACAGGACGUAACGUUCUUGUAACGGGCAGUUCCGGUUUCUUCGGUAUACUUCUGAUAGAAAGAUUAUUGCGCUACGCGAAAUAUACACAUAAAACAAUCGUAAUCCUUGCUCCGCAAUUUAUUUCCAGUCUCUGUUUUAAGGUUUACGAUAGAUUAAAAAAAGAGCAGCCUGACUUUAUUACUAAAGUAAUAAUGAUAGAAGCCGACUUCAGCGAAGCAAAUCUAGGCUUGUCGUCGGAAAACCGAAAACAUCUCUUAGACACAAACAUAAUCUUCCAUUUAGCGGCGUCCGUGCGAUUUAAUGAUACGAUUCGAAAUGCGGUGCAUGUUAAUGUGAGAGGAAACAAAGAAAUUCUCCUCUUCGCGAGAGAGAUGCCGAAUUUAGAGGCAUUUGUUUAUACAUCAACCGCAUUUUCUCAGUGCGUGAACAAUUUUAUCGAUGAGAAAUAUUAUUCUCCGCCUUUAGAGACGGAUAAGAUACUGACGUUACUCAACGUUUUGGACGAUGAGAUGUUGAGCAAAAUAACGCCAACACUAGUAGGCGAAUGGCCGAAUACUUACGUGUACACCAAGGCGAUUGCCGAGGAUACAGUGCGACAAUACAGCGCCGGGUUAUCAGCUUGCAUCAUACGUCCUUCGAUUGUAACAUCAACGGCGAAAGAACCGAUACCUGGAUGGAUCAACAACAUAUAUGGUGCAGUAGGCGUAAUUGUGGGCAGUGGCAUGGGUUUGCUACGUACUUUACAUUGCGUGCCUGAAAAUACAGCGGAUAUUAUGCCCGCUGAUUACGUGAUAGCGAACAUUAUCGUUGCAGGUUGGGACACCGCCAAAAGAAAGGAUACUUUACUCAGCAUUGACAACAAAAACUCGAACGUUCCGGAAACCGAGAGAAUUCCGAUUUACAACUGCGUGUCGUCAACUCAAAAUCCUAUUACUUGGGAAAGGUUCAUGAAAUUAAAUGAGAAAUACGGCAAGCGUGUGCCGAGUACGAUGGUCAUCUGGUAUUACAUGUUCACGCUAAAUAGAUACCGAUUUAUGCAUGAGAUAUAUAUGAUAUUUUUGCAUAUAAUACCUGGUGCUAUACUUGACGUUCUGGCUUUCCUCAUGGGCCGAAAACCUAUGUAA